UAAAUAACACUGGCUAGAAAAUGUAAUUAUUUUGUGACAUUAAUCAGAUAAAAGUAAUAGUUUGACUAAAUGUUUUACUGCAGUAAACUUGCAUUAUUCCGUGGUUGUCCUCAAACGACACAUUCACAGGACGCUCGUCCUCCGUCUUACUUAAAUAAGUAGAUCACAUGCAGCUUACGUCACGUAGAAAAUGUGUCCCUAAACAGAGGGUAACAAGGUUUAUGGUCGACCACCGUGGUGGAGUCAGACUCACGGCUUUAUCACAUUGAUUCCUCUCCCAUUCUCGUCCACUGGGACAAGGACAGUAGUCCAAUUACACAGACCAUUUGAGCUCAGCUGAACUGUUGUGAACUAACUGAGUGUCAGUCGAACAGCAAAUCAUUCCAACAGUUGAUCAUUUCACUUAUUUCAUGGUUGUAACAAAUGCUGUGAUGAAGGAACAAAAUGAAACCAAUUAUUAGACCUGAAUUUGACAGGUUAGAUUUAAACACAUUAUUCUGAUGUGACUGGCUGAUGACUGGUGUGUGUGUGUGUGUGAUAGAAUAUUAUAAUACUCUAUUAAUAUUACACUGUAUUACAGACACAAACAUAAGGGUCAGGGUCCACAGAGCAGCUCGGCUUCAUGUUUUGUGAUGAUAAAAUACUUCUGAAAAUGUGAAAGACGUAAUAAAAUUAACACAAACACCAAUUUCAACUUUUGCAAACUUCAAUUUUUAAUGUCAAUGUCUCUUGCUGCAGUAAUGACAAUAAAAAGAAGCGACGUCGUUACAGGAAUAGAACCAACAUAAACACAAGCUGCACAACAGCUGUACAAAAUUUGUUUUGUAGAAAUAGGAGCACGGAGGCAGCGACACACACACAAACAAACACACACACAAACAAACACACACACAUACAGUAAAAGCCAGCGUAAGCAAACAGCAGCAAAACAUUAGGCCUGAUUUACUACACGGCAUAAGGAUAGUUACCUUUGAGGAGCCUCGGGAAACAGAAAUUCAUCAAGGAGCAGCAGAAUAAAAAUGCAUGAGAAAAGAAGACGAUGGUGGAUAUAAAACCACAACCAGUUAUGACGAACUGGAAGGAGAUCAAAAAAGAAAAACAGAAUUACAAAAAGGAAUGAGAUUAAGGAUGCAGAGAUGCGUCAUCACAGAUGCCAAAUGUUGUAAAUUACCAAAGAAAAUAAAAGCAUCAAGGAAACCAUUGAGGUAUUUUGAAGUGUGUGAUUGGAUAAUUGAUGCGUGGGCAUCAGUCAGAGGUAAACAAGCUGGGAUUCUGCAGUUCCCUAAUGUUCCCUAAUCUUUGGUGGAAAUCUCUAUUUGUUAUGUCAACAUGUAAACAACAGGUAAUCCUGCUUCCAUGCUGGGAAUCGGUGUGUCAUCAUUUACUGUGACUAUAAAAACAAAUCAACUGUAAACCUUAUCUUAUCUCUUUCACCAAAUCUUAGUUUUCUUGCUGAGUGAAACAACACAAUGUCACAGUCUAACAGACAACAACGGUCUUUAUGUAACAUUUUAUUAAAUUUUAUAGAACAUAAGGGUUUCCUUAAACAUUUUCUUUCACGAAGGUUGUGACAAAUAAUGUCAAAAAUAUGUUGACGGUUAAAAAAACACGGUAAAACUUUUGCCAGAAGGAGUCCCGCCCUCCAGUUGCCUUCUGACCAAUAGGAAGAGAGGUAGUACUCGCUUUCACCAACCAGUGUAAAGGGAUGCCAGUGAAUGGAAGUUUACUUUUCCAGUUUGGAACAGAUGGAAAGUAGAGAUUAACGGGGCAGAGCGGGUGCUUUGUUCAGUGAAGACGGAGAGAAAUUACGGUGGAGCGUAAGGAUUUUUGACGGUGUCUCUGAACCGAACUGCGGGAGAAGGAACCCACCUCUCCUCUCUCCCCCUCACUCUCUCCCUCUUCUCUGUCUGUUUGGAGGCAGGUGUUCGGUGGACGUAGACGCAUCGCUUCAGUCGGCAGCUCCUCCGCGGACGGAGGGUGAGGACACACCGGCUUAGCUGCCGCUGAAACCCGCACUAAACUCCUAGAAGGACAAAGGGACUGUGGUGGUUAAAUACCGUCGCUUCCAGACUGGACCGUUUUUUUGUACGUGAACCGUUGGAGACUGGAUAAACCGCGGGAGGCUCCGGUGUCGCAGUGAGACCAGUGAACGCAACCGAUUCACUUUGAAUUUCUUCGUCGAUUUUAAACAGCUGGCGAACUUCGCUCGGGGUUUCAGUGACGUUCUAGAAGACGGUAGAAAAACUCUCCAAAAACUUGAAUUAACCCAGAAUACUUUGUCUCUUAACCUGUUGUCUGUCCGGGUUAUUGCCUCUUCCGCGUAACCCGAGAAGCUGCGCAUUAUGUGGCCGGUGAACCUAUCCGUUACCCGCUGUCUGAGCCCUCUCUCUGGGGACAGAGGUUUAAAUGCGUCCGUUAGUGGAAUUAAUGAGUAAAAACUACGUAGCGUUCGGCCACAACUACACACACAGUGACCAUAAUAUUGGGAGAAGAACGUGGUGCAGAGACAGAAUAUUAGUCGAGGGUGUUAUUUUAAUUUAAGACGAACUCGUCGGUACCAGCGUGGCCUGUGGCGGACGUUUGAACGGACUAACAAACACAGAACACCUUAAAUACGUCUCAGAGUUUGAUCAAAUUUAGACUUUUUUUUCACUUAUUUUGGAUUUUUCACUGUUUCUCUCGAGGCCACUUGUAGUUUUAUUUAAACGUAUUUAUUACAGUUCUCACUCAAGUGAAAUAAAUACCGAGUACAUUGUAGACACACCACGACACAUACUUACACUGAUGACAGUUUACAUUUCCCCAUUUCUCGGUAUUAAUCGUUUUUUUUUGUUUUUUAUCCCGACAGCGAAAUGAUCCGCGUUCCACAAAUCCUUAGUGGCGACAUCACGACAAAAUACGCGCGGAUUUGAGGUUUUAUCGGCAGCAGUGGAAUAAGCCGAUAAGUGUAAGACACACAGUCAAGUGUAUUAAUACGGUAGAUCAGAUCAGAUCGACGUGGAUGAAGAUGAGGCUCCACCGGGAGCAGCCGACGAACAGAGACCGCGCACAGAGGCUGCAGUGAAGCCGUCAGUGCGGACUGAAGCCAAGAGGAGUGAGAGAAAGUCUUUCUGUUGGUCAGGGGAACCCUCCUCCUCUUCUUACUCCUCACCCCCCCCCCAACCCCCCCGUCACCACCACCACAGCUUCGACCUCCUCCUCCUCCUCCUGCUUCUUCUCACGCUGCCUGCCGACUUUUGGACACCGGAGCCGUGGAGUCCUAUCGUGCCACAGCAGCAGCAGGGAACUCCCGGAGCUCGGGUCUCAGUGAGGAGAGCCUCCGCUCUCCGCCCUCCGCCCGUGGACUCCUACCCUGAGACAGAGAGUCGGAGUUGGACUGCAGCAUCAGCAGAGCACCGGGGGACGCAGUCUCUCUCUGUCUGUCUGUCUCUCUGUGGUGCGAGAGGAAUUAGCUUCUCCCCCGAGAGUGUGCGGGGACCUGCAACAGGGAGCGGGCGACACUGGUGAUGAUGAUGAUGGUGGUGGUGGUGGUGGAGACCAGGAGUCGGCGGAGAGGAAGCCGCUGCCUGCCCGUCCUUUUCCUGCUCCUUCUUCUCAGCAGCUGCUGCCACAUGUUGCACGGCCAAGAGGUGGCGCCGUACCUCCUGGGCGGGGCUCCGGUGCAGCAGGUGAUGUUGGAGGGAAACAGACUGGUGCUGACCUGCCUGGCCGCAGGAAGCUGGCCUCUGCAGUACCGCUGGACGCUGAACAACAGCAACGUCACCGACUGGACGCCAAACUACAGGUUGUCCAUCCCGUCGGUCCAGAGGACUGACUCUGGUCUGUACCAGUGCACGGUCAGAAACAGGAUGGGGACAGUGAUCCACAGGAGGACAGAAGUACAGGUGGCCUUUCUGGGAAACUUCUCCAGUGAAGAUCAGAGGAAGACGGUGACCCAGGGUCGAGCUGCCGUCCUCAGCCCCCCGCCCCUGCCCUCCUUCCCCCGACCCGUGGUCACGUGGUUCAAAGACGGACAGAAGAUCAUCCCCAACAACAGAAUAGCAAUCACUUUGGACAAUCAGCUGGUCGUCCUGGCAACGACCACAGCCGACGCAGGACGCUUCUAUUUAGAGGCUGUGAACGAGGUGACUGGAGAGAAUGUGACCAGUCCUGCGGUUCACCUGAGCGUCGCAGCAGCGUCGGAUCCUGACUCAGAGUUUUUGGCUCCGGCCGUCGUGAUUGGACCUAAAGACACAACAGUGGUGGCAGGAAGAGAGGUGGCGCUGGAGUGCAUCGCUAAUGCCAGACCCAUAGACGGCCUCGUUGUCUCGUGGAAACGUGAUGGGCGUCGACUGGCCACCGGGUGGCGGCUCAUCAUUCCCGCCGCCGCCUCCUCUGACACGGGGUCGUACGUCUGUGAGGCGUCGGUCAGCAACAGCACUGCCAAACCUGCCGAGGCCGGAGCCCUGCUGACCGUCAUUGAGCCGCCGUUCAUGACGUCUCGACCCAAGACGACGACGUUUGCUGAUCUGGACCGCAGCGUGGAUAUUCCAUGUCUGGCUUCAGGUUCUCCUCAGCCCAGGGUGGAGUGGUUCAAGGACGCCGUCCCCCUCUCCAGACUGGCCAACCCUCGCUACAAGGUGGUGGCGGCGUCGGGGCUGACGGUGCGCAGGGUGCAGCCGGGAGACGGAGGGAUCUUUCAGUGCGUCGCUCGAAACUCGGCCGGAGAGGUGGAGGCUCACACACAUCUGCUGGUCUCCAGUGUCGCCCCCUCCUUCAUCGCCCCCCCGUCUGACCAAACAGUAACUGAUGGGAACACGGCCGUGUUUACCUGCCAAACAAGUGGAGCGCCAAGACCUGCCGUCACCUGGAGGAAAGAACUGCAGGUUCUGGCCAGUGGUUCAGUCCAGGUUCCCAGGUUCACACUGUUGCAGUCUGGUGGUUUACAGAUUCAGCCAAUCAGCUUCCAGGACUCUGGAGAGUACAGCUGCACGGCCUCCAACGCUGAAGGAACCAUCAACAGAACUGCUAGACUCACAGUCUGGAAUCGGACGAUCAUUUCUGUCCCUCCAACCGACCUACGGGUCAUCAAAGGAACUACAGCCACUCUGCUCUGCAACGCUACACACGACCCCAGAGUCAACGUCAGCUUCAGGUGGGACCGCAGCGGCGUGACCGUCCCUCCGUCCAGUGUCGGCCGCGUGUCCGUCCGCCGGGGCACUCUGACUAUUGGCCAGACGUGGUCAGGUGACAUCGGCGAUUACACCUGCACCGUGACAUCACAGGCCGGGAAUGACUCCAGCUCCGCACGCCUGGAAGUCAUUGAGCUGCCUCACUCUCCUCGCUCCCUGACGGCACGACUCAACGACUCCGACUCCCGCUCCGUCCACCUGUCCUGGCUGAGACCCUUCGACGGGAACUCCCCCCUGCUCUACUACCUGCUGGAACUCUCAGAGAACAACUCACCGUGGAAGGUCUACCUGUCGGAGGUCGGUCCUGCGGUGACUCAAGCUGCGGUUGGCGGCCUCACGCCUGCCAGGACCUACCAGUUCAGACUGUGUGCUGUCAAUCAAGUGGGCAGGGGUCAGUACAGCGCUGAGACUCAGAGACUGAUGCUCAGAGAGGAAGCCCCCAGCGCUCCUCCCAAGAACAUCGUAGCCAGUGGACGCACCAACCAGUCCAUCAUGGUGCAGUGGCAGCCCCCUCCAGAACCUCAGCUCAACGGGCUCCUCAGAGGUUACGUCCUCAGGUACCGUCUCGCUGGUCUACCUGGAGACUACCAGGAGAAGAACAUCAGCAGUCCAGAGACCAACUACUGUCUGCUGAAGGACCUGAUCAUCUGGACUCAGUACCAGAUCCAGGUGGCUGCCUACACCGGAGCUGGUCUGGGGGUCUACAGCAGCCCCGUCACUGAGUACACGCUGCAAGGAGUUCCCACAGCUCCUCCACAGGAAGUGGAAGUUGUAGCUAUUAACUCCACCACCAUACGGUUCACCUGGAAGCCCCCGCCCCAGCAGUUCAUCAACGGGAUCAACCAGGGCUACAAGCUGCUGGUCUGGCCGGAACAUUCUCCCGAGGAUCUGAUCCUGGUCACCAACACCCCAGACUACCCGGGCUCUCGGCACACGGGUCUGGUCACUGGACUCCAGAAGUUCACCUGGUACUUUGGUGCCACGCUCUGCUUCACCACGCCGGGGGACGGCCCCCGCAGCCCCCCCACCCUGGUGCAGACCCACGAGGAUGCUCCUGGUCCAGUCCGUCACCUGAGUUUCACUGAGAUCUUAGACACGUCACUCAGAGUCAGCUGGGCGGAGCCUGAGGACAAGAACGGCAUCAUCACUGGUUACGUCUUGUGGUGGCAGGUGUCAGACCUGGAGCCGACUCGUGUGGAGCGCUCUCUCUCCAACUCCACCCUGCAGCACCAGCUGACCGGCCUUACCUCCACCACCGUGUACACCCUGCAGGUGGCAGCGUUGACUGCUGCGGGUCAGGGAGCGGUCACAUCUUCCACCGUCUCCACGGGAGUUCCACCAGAACUUCCUGGAGCUCCUUCACAUCUAGUCAUCUCCAACAUCAGCCCUCGCACGGCAACACUGCGCUUCCGCCCUGGGCCUGAUGGGAAGACGGCGAUUUCACGAUGGGUCGUGGAGGGACAGGUGGUGGAGGAGGACGGAGACGAGGAGGCCUGGAAGGUCGUCUACCAGAAGGACAACCAACCAGACGCAGACAGCCUGGAGAUCCCUGACCUUUCACCUUUCACUCAGUACAGGUUCAGGCUGCGACAGGUGAACAUUGUUGGAUCUAGCCCCGUGAGCACCCCCUCCAGGCUGAUUCAGACUCUACAGGCAGCCCCUGACACUCCCCCGUUAAACCUCACCCUACUGUUGGCGACGCAGACCAGCCUACGCUUCAGCUGGAUGCCUCUUCAGGAGUCUGAAUUCAACAGCAGCCCAGAGACCGUGGGCUACCGCCUGUGGGUGUGGCGACCAGACGGGGGGGAAGAGAACAGGACGGUGGAGGUGGAGGGAGGUGAAGAGACCAGUGAGGUCACAAUAGAGGGUCUGGUCCCCUGGUCUGAAUACCAGCUACAGAUACAGGCCUACAACUCUAUAGGACCUGGACCCUGGAGCCACGCUGUGGCUGCAAAGACCACGGAAGAGUUUCCAUCUGGUUCUCCAGUGAAUGUAACUGCUGAGGCAGUGAGUUCUUCUCAGAUCCUCCUCACAUGGUCUCCUCUCUCUGUGGCUCAGAGGAAUGGAAACAUCCUUGGAUAUAAGGUGUCGUACAGUGAGAAGGACUCGGAAAAUCAACCCAGUAUUGAGUCGGUCCCAGGAGGGGGGCGGGGGUCGCUGCUGCUGCGGGGUCUGCAGCAGUACACGCUGUACGUGCUGCAGGUACAGGCGUACACGCAGGUGGGCCACGGCCCCCCCUGCCCCCCCGUACUCCUCCGUACCAAGGAAGACGUCCCAGGCCCCCCUGUGAGAGUGAUGUUUCCUGAAGUUCGAUUGUCGUCAGUCAGGGUGUCAUGGCAGCCCCCCACCAGGCCCAACGGGGUCGUUCUAGGAUACCAGAUCUCCUACACCCUGGAGAGCAGAGGACCACUGCCCUGGACCACGGUGGAGGUGGGAUCGAACGCCCGACAGUUCACCGUCACCGGACUCUCCUCUGAACAGACCUACACGUUUAGACUUACUGCCCGCACGGCCGUGGGCUGGGGCAGGACGCACGAAGCCCAAGUCAUUACCUCAGAGCGAAGAGAGCGUCCUCAGCCGCCCAGGAAACUCUACGUCCCUCAGGAGGACGUGGAGGCUCGUCGUCUGCGGCUCCACUGGGUGAGCGGGGGCUCAGGCUUCUCCCCCGUCAGGUUCUUCACUCUGCAGGUCAAACAGCUGCCAGAUACAGACUGGAGCACUCACAUCACCGACAUCCCCUACAACGUGACGGUCUGGACUGUGGACAGGCUGAAGCCUUUCACGUCGUACAAGUUCAGGAUGUCGGCGACCAACGACGUGGGGGACAGUGUCCUCAGCAAAGAGACGGAGGCUGUCACCACUCUAUCUCCAGUACCUGAGGAGCCUCCUGUGAUCCUGGCAGUCAAACCGACAACCACCACCUCCGUCCUGGUGCAGUGGAAGCCCCCCAGUGAUGACAGCACUAAUGGAGUUCUGACUGGAUACAGACUGUACUACAGGGAGGUUCCAGUGAACUCGUCCACCGACGUCCAGACGACCAGGAACAGCAGUUCUCUCAUCACAGGUCAGAGCACCUUCAAGACGGUCAGCGGCGCCUCGCUGAGAGACUUCGACCUGACGCAGUUGAAGAGAUUCAAACGUUAUCAGAUCGUCAUGACGAGUUACAACAUCGUUGGAGAGAGCCCACCGUCCAGUCCAGUGGAGGUGUCUGUCGGAGAAGCAGCUCCGUCCGUCGCCCCCCAGUCCAUCCAGACGUCACCGCUGUCCCCCUCCGUCCUGGAAGUCACCUGGGACACCCCCCCUGUUGAGACCCAAAAUGGACUCAUCCAAGGAUAUAAGAUUCACUACUGGGAGCGAGACAGGAAGAACCAGACGGAGAAGGUCACGGUGGUCUUUGUCCCCGACACCAGGGUCACCCUCACCAACCUGACCAGUUACACAGCCUACCUCGUCACACUGACCGCCUUCAACACGGCCGGAGACGGACCCCAGAGUGAACCUCGUGGAGCCCGGAUUUCAUGAGUUCUUCUUCUUCCUUCCAUCUGUCUGUCUGUCUGUCUGUCCUUCUGUCUGUCAUUGUCUGCAGCCCCCAGUCAGCCCAGCUACCUGUCCUUCUCUGAGGUGACGGGGGGGAGUGUCAACGUGUCCUGGGGGGCUCCCCUCACCCCUAAUGGACAGUUGGAGGGCUACAGAGUCAUCUACCAGCCCACAGCUGCCACACAGGGAAUCACCAAAGUGGUGACGGUGGAGGUGAAGGGCAGCUGGCAGAGGUGGCUCAAGGUGCGGGACCUGGUCCUCGGAGCAACGUAUACAUUCAGUGUCCAGGCCCUAACCGUCAGUUAUGGACCGUCCAUGCAGGCCAACCUGACCGCUCAGCCCGUGGACGGCACUCCUAGCUCUCCUGUGGAAAUGUCCAUCACCAAGACGUCCUCUGUUCUCAACAUCCACUGGUCUGAGGGGGACAUGGGCGCCGCCCCUGUGACUGGAUAUGUCAUUGAAGCUCGUCCAUCAGAUGAAGGAGUCUGGGAUACCUUCAUCAGGCCCCUCCCACCCAACACCAGGUCUGUCUCUGUGCCAAUGGAACGCCUGAGGUCAGGGAUCAGUUACGAGUUCAGGGUCAUUGCUGUUAAUCGCUAUGGCUACGGGCAGCCCAGCACGCCCUCUGUGGCUCUGGCUGCUCUGUCCGACCGUCCCUUCUACGAGGAGUGGUGGUUCCUGCUGGUCAUGGCUCUGCUGGGACUUGUUGUCAUCCUGGUCCUGGUCUUCACACUGCUGCUGCACGGACACAGCUCCAGGUUCAAGACCUGUGGCAAAGGGAAACACUUGUCCACGGCAGAGGAGACGGUGACUCUGGACAACGGAGGCUUCACUGCUCUGGAGCUGAACAGCAGAACACUCAACACCAAGAACUCCUUCCUGAAAAAGAACGGCACCAGAUCUCCCCCCAGGCCCAGUCCUGGUGGUCUCCACUACUCUGACGAAGACAUCUGUAACAACUACAACGGAGCCGUCCUCACUGAGAGCACCACCCUGACAGAGAAGCCCACUGAGGUCUCUGAGUCAGAGGUAUCUGUGUCAGUCUGUCCACCCAUCCAACCAUCCAUCCAUCCAUCCAACCAUCCAACCAUCCAUCCAUCCAUCCAAACAUCCAUCCAUCCAUCCCUGAUUCUGUCAGUCACUUUUUCGUCCCACUUCAUGUCUUGAAGCUCGUGACCUACAGAACCAAAUCCAUUCAUUACUUUUUUGAACUUUGAACUUGAUCUGUUCUGUCUUCAAAUGUGAUGAAGAGAUAAUCAGUAAAUAAAACACAUACGUUUGAAGAUCAGUGUUUAUUUUAACAGUUUAAAAUUUAAAAGACAAACAGAGUUAGAAACAAACAAAAACACUUUAAUGACGUCUUGUGUAGUGAACCAGCAGGGGGAGCCAUUGUGAAAUGAUUGGUAUUAAACAGAAAUCCCAUCAACUUACUGUCAAAUGUGUGUG